UGCCACUCUCUAGCCCCUCUGGUCCUCGAUAAGCUUUUCUACGACACCCCGAGGUCCUGGGACUUGACACUUAGUUGGAUACUUCCAAACUUCUCAACCUCAGGUCUCGUCCGCGCCCUUUGUCCAAGAAACCACUCCCAGGUGUUCAACAUAAACUACCAAGACAAAACCGGGGCAACAUGUCUCCACGCAGUGUGCAAAAUGGACGAUGCGCUGACACUGUACAUACUCCUGGACCACGGUGCGAAGCCGAAUAUCUUCGACAUCAAUGGGGAAACACCUCUCCACUAUGCUGUCCAGUACGGCCGUGAGAACGUCGCGAGAGUGUUGCUGCAGGAGGGCGCAGACCCAAAUCUCCGUAGUAUCGCUGGGGAAACGGCCCUUUCGUGGGCUGUCAAGUACGGGUACACGAAGAUCGUGCGGGAAUUGAUAGAGUACGGAGCGGACGUGAACAGUCGGGUUGGAAGAGGCGAGACACCGUUGCACUUGGCCGCACUACAGGGGUUUGUGGAGAUCGUGGGGGUGCUGUUAUCAACGGGGGCCAACGGGGAGAUGGUGAAUUGGACAGGGCAAACGGCGUUGUUGGCCGCAGCGGAGGCGGGACACGCGAAUGUUGUGAGAGUGUUUCUGGAAAACGGCGUCAAUGUGGAUGGGGCUGAUGGGGAUACGGCACUGGUUGUUGCUGCGAGGCAGGGGCAUGAGGAUAUUGUUAAGAUGCUGUUAGAGGAAGGG